UCGCGUGGCGUCGGGCCCCGCCGUCGUCGCUGCAAUCGCCAAAUCCUCACUUGCUAUGGCAUCGCAACUCCCCCCUCCCACUCCGGACCACACCCAUGCGACGAUAUCAUUCGGACUCUCAUGCUUCCACCUGCGCGAUUGCGCAUGUAAUCUGUCCAGGAGCCUAGAAUUCUGAUCAUUGCUGUUGCGGCGAUCUCGUCAGAAGAUUUAGCGACGUGUGGCGUUUGCGUAGGUUUAGUAGCGGAGCUGGUGAUGGGAGAAGGAUCGCUGGUGCUUUUGGUGUGGUUGUGAAAGAGGAGGUGGAUUCGGGUGGUACUUGCAGGCGGGUGGUUUUUGAAUUCCUGCGAGUGAAGGUGAGGCAAUGCUUUCUGCUAGUGAAGGGCUGUGAAUCGUAUGGGGCGAAACUGAAGUAUGGCAUGCUUCGAGUUCUAGGGAGGUUCAAUUCAGUUGUGGGAGUGUACAAUUCACUCAACAUCUGAUGUCUUCCCAACCAGCUUCCGGGGGCAAGACCCUGGUUAUGAGUUCCAAGAAAAAUGGUCCGAAUUGGGUCAUGAUUGCUGGAAGUGCCAUUGUGAUGGCUGUGGGAAUAGUAAUCGGACGCAAACAAGUCCAAUGCCAAGUCGAACAACCCAGAAUUCGUUCUUCGAAAGAUGGGACGGCGCAAAUUUCAACUACAACUGAUUUUAGAGCAUCGUCAAGUGAAAGAACGUCAGGUUCUUAUGGCGUAUCAGACGACUCUGACGCUCCUCUUGUGAUAGAGCAAUUCGACGACAAUUUCUCAUCUGGUCAUUCUUUACUCAUAAAUUUCCCAAACAAAGAUAGCACCAGGUCAAACCUGUCCUGGAAAGCCCCUCGAGUGAGAACUAGUUUGGAUUCUUCAAGGAUCCCAGUUUCUUUUCAACCUCAAUUCGAACUUCACAGUCCUAGACCUAAGCGCUCACAUCCAUCUAAGCCCUCUUCACCAGAAUCCAAAAUGUGUCGACAGAUUGAAAAUGGCACCAGUUGUGAUGAAGAAUUCCAUUCAGACUCUUUCUCCUCCCCGGCCUUGCGAGCCGGUCUAGCAGUUAGACGUAAAAUGGUGCAAAGAUUAAGGAAACAACUGAGAAGUAGAGAUGCGAUUAUAUUUGACUUGCAGGAUCAAAUUUCAGACCAAGAUCAUGUAAUAGCAAUGCACCGUGCUCAUACUGCUGACCUGCAAGUGUGCUUGAAUUCUACCAACGUGGAAUUAUUAAAAGUUAACCUUGAGGUUCAGAAAGUCCUCAAAGAGAUUAGGAUUCAAAGUGAAAAUCAGGUCGUUAACAUUGGUGGCCGUGACGGAUGUGAUGGCUCUGGCCAAAAAAAGCAACUCGCGAACUCUGAUUUGAAGGCUGUGAUGUUCGAAGCUAAGAUGUUAAGUAAAAAGGUCAGGCGACUGCAAACUGAAAAGCAGGAGAUGGAAUCUCAGGUCCAAGCUGUUUCGCGGGACUAUGAGUUUCUUUUCCGAAAAGCCUCGGCACUGGAGGCUGACAGGGUGCAGUUAAAGAAAUUGGCACAUGAAAAGAGGCAUAUGCUUGAAGUUAAGGAACAAGAAUGUAUCAAACUCACUACCGCACUUGGCAAUCUCCAGCGCAAUCUUGAUACUGAAACCAGGGACAGUGACUGGACAAGAAACAGUGAAGUCAGCAGGCUCUCAGAGGCUUGUAGUGACAAUUCAAGGGGUACUUGGAGUGAUUGCUUUGACCAGCCCGUCAGUUGCAACACCCCUGAUGAUUACAACUCAAGGUCUCCAAAGACUGCUGAUAGUGACAACAGACUUGCUGGGGAUUGUAUGCGAUCCUACAAUACGCUGUUUAGACGAAGCCCUAGUCCCCUACACAGCGAGGGCAGUGUCUCAAAACCAGGAUCGAGGUCUACUGCCCUAGGAUGUACGAGCAAGAGUGUAUGUGAUGGAAGUCCGAACUAUGAUGGACCAAAUUGCGACAACGAUGAUACCCUUAGCCUGAAUUUAGUGUGGAUUCUGCAGCAAGAAGUCUAUCAACUGUCAGAUGCACUUGCGAGCAGUUCUAAAUUGUUAUCACAGCAGAAGCUGGAGACAAGUCGCAUUUUGACAGAAUAUCAGAAAUGUAAUAGUACAAAAACUGCACAGGAAACUCGGACUGCUCUUCUGUCCGAAUUAGACGAAUAUGGUUGGGAAGACCUUUUGCAGAUCCUCUCCUCGCCCGAUGGCACGCCAUCACAACAGAUACAAGAACUGAGCCACAAGCUUGAGAAAGUGGCCAAGCAACAAAAAAUGGAAGAUGAACUCGAAGCUCUUAGCCGGCAUCACGUCAAAAUUAGAGCAUUGAAGUCAAGUCUAAGUAAGCUUACUGCAAAAUGCCAUGCCGAAAUGGACGAGUCAUCCAACGAAUCAGUGCAUCGAGUGGCUGGCAUGAUAUUAGACCUUUCUGAAAAACUUGCCGUUCAGGAGGACGAAGUGCGAAAGGCGUCUAUGGAUAUACAGGAAUUGUCUAUGUCACUUCAGCUUUCGUCACCUUACGUCCCUCGCUCCAAGAAGCAAGAGUUGCGGAGGAUGCUUCAUGGUUGUAGUGGGCAAGCUGAGAGUCCUAUCUGCGACAAGAAUAUUCCAAGCUCACCUGGCCUUUCUUCUGGAAAAUCAAAUUUUGUUGCGCAAGAACAGAAAGAAAGUCGUUCCUCCCGGGUUUUCGAUCGCCAGAUGUCGUUCUCAUCUUUGCCUCGGAAGUCAGCCUCAAUCUCGCCAUCUCCUGAAAAAGCUCCUGAUAAGCUGUACGAGUUCCAAGCAGGCACGUUCGAUCCCCUUUCUAGCACCAAAACACGUAAGUCUGCGAAUCUUGUGGCGAGUAAAAGCUCGCUUCGGAAGUCCACCAUGCAUCAAUUCAAUGGAAUCGCACGGAAAUGGGAUGCCUGUUUUGAGAAGCCGGAUGUGCAACAAAGGUCUCAUGCAGUCUGUUAUACCCCUGAGGAAGUUCCGAGCGGUUUUUCAUUUCGUCCUGCGAAUAUAGAAACACUCGGAAACCCUGAUGAUAAUAGUGUUGCUGAAGAUGCCAGCAACCCCAAAUUUGAGCCUGGUGGAUUUGUCUUAGACUCGGAGGAUUUUCAAUUCCGACCGGAAGUUCAAGUAGUUUCGGAACAUGAAACCAUCACUGCAAUCGGCACCCAACAUGCUGAUACUUAUAGCAGUGCGCCCGCCAUAUCUCAUUCUCAAUCGACAAUGUUGGGGUCUGCGACGGCAGGCUGUGGAAGUAGAAACAGCUUAAGAAGGUUUCUGUUCAAACCUGAUGAUUCCUCACGUGGAGGGUACUCAACGGACACAGUGGUUGCCCGUAAUGAAGACUUAGCCGAUGAGCUAGAAAAGCUGCCUUUUAAUUCCGAAAGGAAGUGUGAUUAUGUUACUGACGAUGCUAAUAGUGAAGUACAAAUCAAGAGACACAUCCAGGAGGAUUCUCUGCCAGUUUUGGUCGUAAGUUCCAACAGUGCAAGAAUUAAACACGAUAUAUGCUCUGGACCUGGAUCUGCCGGGGUAUCACCAUUUGCAGCAAGAAUGGCAUGUUUGGAUGUGAAUAGAUCUAGUCAUUCAUUUACUUCUCCACAUGGUGACGAAGGUGUUUACCAGGAGAUUUCCUUUCUGUCCCAAGGUGAGGAAGCAGAAAAAUUAGCCUCACACGUUGACUCCAAGUUGAAUAUUGGAAAAGAGAAUUUGAGGUCAAAUGCUGCACAUCGCUUAGGGGGCCAAUCUGCGGCUCGCAUGAUGUCAAGCAAGGGCAACUGGGAACAAAGCCAAGCCAUGGCAGGAAAAGAUACAUUUCGGUGUGAUCGCGGACGGUGGAAUUCCUUUCAAGGCUCACAUCGCUGACUGAGCGGGAAAAGUAGCAAGUUCUACGUGAUCAUUUGUGAUUACUAGAUGCAGCACGGAAUGACUCACCUCCUCAUAACUGUCAACGUGCAAAAACUCAUUGCUUCAUAGUUGUGAACUGCAUCCAAGUGUUCACGUUUCCUACCGAGUUUUGUGUUCGCUCAAGAAUCACAAAAUGUGGAUUGUUCCCUGGAUCUGUUAUUUCGAAGACCCCUGUAAAUUCAUCAUCUGCAGCAUUGAGCCACAGUUGAAUUCUGCACAGGACAAGUCAAGGUUGAACCAAGGAUGAUCAUGGAAAGCUUUUGACCCUUAGUUCGCACUUAUGAAGUGAUGUAUAGGUAAGUGGAUGAAUAGUCUUAUUAUAUUCCUGUAAAUGAGUCUAAAGCGCAGAAAUGGACCCAAUUACAGGUGAAGUUAGAACUUCAAGCUUCAUGAUAGAUAAGUAGUCCUCAUAAUAUCAUCUAUCUGUCUCAAUGUUAUUAAAUUUUGAUAAUUAAAUUGGAGAAAAGUGAAAGUGCCUGUUAUUUCA